AUGUCUCAAGCGCAGCCGCCCCCUGGGUUGGCUGACCUCGAGAAGGAGCUGGGAUGCUCGAUCUGCACGGAGCUGCUCUACCAGCCCCUCACACUCCUUGACUGUCUGCACACGUUUUGUGGUUCCUGCUUGAAGGAAUGGUUUACAGCUCAAGGCUCGCGGCGUCGCUCGUCGUCGGACACUUCUCGAUUUACCUGUCCAUCCUGUCGCGCUGAAGUGCUCCGUACUAAGACAAAUGCCACCGUGACAACCUUGCUAGAGAUGGUGCUCUCGGCGCACCCGGACCGCGCCCGGUCUGCCACCGAGAAGGAAGAAAUCGCAGAGCGAUACAGUCCUGGAGAGUCGGUCUUCCCACCCUUGCCCCCUCCUCAAGAGGACGACGAAAGCGAAGAAGAUGAGGAUGAUAGGAGGGUGCUGCGGGAAGUGCAGGAGCUGAGUCUCCGCGAGAGCCGGGCACAGGCGCGGCGUGAGGCCCGACGAGCAGCAAACUCGGAGAGGACACGCGAUAGGAGCAGCAAUCCUGAGCGAUCCACAGAGGAUGGCCGAUCUCGCCGACGGCGAGAUGAAGAUUCAGAGCGACAACAGAGCUCGACGCGGACUCGCGACGAUGCAGACCGUGCGAGGCGCGUUGAGCACCAGUCAAGCUUACGCUCUCUACUCAGUCUCUCCUCCGAGGCAGAGACUAUGCAAGAAGAGAUUCUGCGACAGAUCCUCGAAGAGGGGUUGCUGGAUGACAUUGACUUCGACAAUCUUAGCGCUACACAGGAGGAAGAACUUAGUGAGCGAAUCGCAGAUGCCUAUCGUCGGAGGCAUAUGCAACAACCGCGCGCUCAAGGGCACAGACGGAGACAAUCUCCUAACGAUUCCAGUCGCACUCAUUCACGUUCACAGUCAGCUCAAAGAUCAAGCGAGACAACUCCGCCCCAGUCCACUCGCGAUACCACGGAUAGGCGACCCCCGGCAACCCGGCCGCACUUGUUUGAUCCACCUACGCCACGUCCGACGCCAAAUCAUCAACGAAGGAAUUCGGAACAGGCUGAUGGCCGCCGGCGUACUUCGCCUGCUCGAGUAAACCAAGCAUCAAACUCGGAGGACACACUGCGACCAGCGGCCCGAUCUUCGAGCGAUAUGACAGCCGAACGUACGCGCGGCUCUCAGAAUGCGCGGACAAGAGCUGAAUCGUCUUCAAACCGACCACGCCGUGCAACGGAGUCGGACCAGGGCAUAUCAGAAGCAUGGAUGGGCGCUGGAAGAGAACGGGGUUCUUCCAGAGUCAUUGCUAAUCAACCCGUAAUGAGCUCACCAACCUCGGAUUCGUCACCGCAACCCAAUCCUCCCCAAAAUUCAACACCGACAGAUCAGUCGGCACCAGUAUUAUCUUCGCCUGUUGUUCCACCACGGUCUGCCAGGCGACCAAGUUCUUCAAGGUGGAGUACAAUCGCGCCUUCUACCGCCCAAUAUAGGGAGCCCUCUAUCUCUUGUGAUCGCUGUGGCAUGACGAAUAUUCAAUAUGAUGUGCACAAAAAGUGUUCCAAAUGCAAAGAUCCCGACUAUCACCUCUGUCUGCGGUGUUAUCGGACAGAUGGAGACUACCCCCACGGAGACUCUUCUCGCACGAAUGGUUUCGCGCCGGCUGCUCAAGCAAUAUACGAACAAAUCCUCGCGUCUCCAAAUCAUCGUCCGGCCAAAAUGCGCCAAACAGGCCAUAUACUGCGCUCUUUCAAGUAUGACCGGCCCUCUGACAACGCGCAGGUGAUCGCCAGUGGCGAAAGAAAGAUCACCAAUGACAACCCAGCGCGACGUUUGAUCUCGGGGCUUUUUUGCGAUAUUUGCCAGUCCCCGGCUAAUGAAUGCUUCUGGAAAUGCAGCCAGUGCAACGAGGGUGACUGGGGAUUCUGCAAUCGCUGUGUGAAUCAAGGAAGAUGUUGUACCCAUCCCUUGUUGCCUAUUAGGCGUAUUACUGGAGGCCCGAAGAUAUCAGCGACGAGUACACCAGCCGAUGCAAAUGCCCUUUCUAGGUCUAACUCGGAAAGCUUCAAAACACUCGCCUUCUCCACAAACUGCGACAUAUGUACCUACCCAAUCCCUGCUUCGGUGACGCGAUUCCACUGCCUUAAAUGCAACGACGGUGACUACGAUGUCUGCACCAAUUGCUACCUCAAGCUUGUAGCAACCUCGAAGAUCAGCAAGGAGAAUGGCCAUAAUGGUUGGCGACGUUGUCUUGCUUCUCACCGAAUGAUUAUCGUCGGCUUCGAGGACCGAGAUGACGGUCAAAGACGAGCCAUUGUUCGCGAUCUGGUCGGUGGCAAUGCCCUUCAAGACGAGCACAUUGGACAAUCCCCUACUUCCUCACCAGUCCUCAGUAGUCCCGCAUCACCCGAUCGAGGAAACGGUUACUGGAGCUGGAAGGAAGGAUCAGAGCGUCGCAAGAAGGCUUCUCGUCUUCGCGGCUCCAUCUCUUCGCCCACCGGUAACAACCCCAGUGCAUCAUCUUCGGAUCUUGGCCAUAGCAGUGGUACGCCGACUUCCCAGCACGGCGGGCCCUUCCGUCGUUUCCCACCCGAUGGGGGCGUUGGUCUCGUCGUGCGAGCCAAGUGGUCGUACUUCCCUGGAGAUGAGGAUGAAGAUGAAUUGGUCUUUCCUCGUGGUGCGGAGAUCAAGGAGGUUGACGAUGUCAAUGAUGAGUGGUACUGGGGCAGUUAUGCUGGCCGUACGGGCUUGUUCCCUGGGACUCAUGUCACUGUUUUGGCAGAGAUUCGAUGA